GUCUUUAUAUGAAUACAAAUGAACUUUAAAAACAUGAGUAAACAAACGCGAGCAGAAAAAAACUGGGUUGACAGUUUGGUUUGUGAGGUGGCCUCGCAUAUCAAAACCAGUAUGAUAUGGUUUUGCACCACCAGAGGGAGAACUCAGUCGAAAUACACUGUAGACCAGACCAAAGCGGAUUAGACCGGAACCUGCGUCGUCCAGUCUCGUGUUUACAAAUGAGCAAAAAGGUCAGGUGGAAAACACAGUGAAAUCAGCAAAUAAUCUGACUGAAAUUAUGUCACACGGCUGGAUAAAAGAUUAAUUUCGAGGUUCUUUAAACUUGAUUGAAGUUGUAAAGAAUGGACGCGCUAUGGACGAAGACAAUCGAAGACCCCCUUUCAUUGAUGAGCUUCAUGGUUCCUCCAUUGAGGUUACUCUCUGCAGCCAUGUGGCAGGUGACAGAACAGAGACAGGUGAAGCACUAUGGGAUGCUGGAGGAAUUUGUAACCAUGGUGACGGAGGCUGUGCCAGAGCUCCUGAAUUACCGUCAAAGAGCCCAGCUGAUUCUUGGAUUAAGAGCAAGGCUGCUUCUGGAUUUGUGCCGUGUUACAAAUCAAGUCGACAUGGACAAUCUUCAGCCUCACUUGGAUCGAAUCCGGGCUCCUCGUGUGAACACCACACUCAGUGAGGUUGACGAAGACAUUGAGGAAUCUGAGACUCGCUUUUUGGACCUUGUCCAGACCCUUAUCAACAACCCUGGAGAGAGAGAGAACUUUUUCAAGAAUGUUUUCCCGAUGGUAUAUGGCCCAAAGUUUGACAAAACACUUCAUACACUUAUGGAAGACUUCCUCCUGCAGCUUGAUCGAAUGAUAUCAGUCCCAGAUCUUUCACAGAUGGCCUCAUGGCUCAGGGGAUGUCCUUCUCUUCUGGAUGAGUGUCUUAAGUCAAUUUCUGUCCCAAAGCAAAUGAAAAUCCUCCUUGAACAUCAGAGAGCUAAUGGACGUCUUCUGGAAAAUGAGUCUCUUCCACUGGGUCGAGUCGUCAUACCCAGCGACCACACAGAAUCUGGUGACCCGUCUGAAUUAGGAAACGAUUCAGAUGGUCUUGAAGAUGAUUGCCAAAGUUCUAUAACCACAUCUGAUUUCCAUAUCUCUGGCUGGUCAGCUAUGAAGGGAAAACUCAAUAAAGAAACCAAUGAACUGAUGGAGAGAGAGGAUGAUGAAGAUGAUGAAUAUGAUGAUGAUGAUGAUGAUGAAGAAUACUUGCCAACCAAGAGUCAAAGAGGAACACUUGCUCAUUCUAGGAAUCAAACAAGCUGCAAAAGAACACCAAGGAAAUCCAAUAAAAGGAAAAGAGAAGACAAAGACGUUGAAGUGUCCAGAGAAUUCACGUUUAUCAAUCACUUGGGGGCGUACACAGACGAGGCUUCUUACCCCACCACUGAGGCUUCUAAAGUCCCUUGGACAGAUGAAGAAACAUUCGGUCUCAUCAAAAUAUGGGGGAAAGACAGUAUCCAGCGGACUCUGAAAGACUGUGCCCACAACCGCCACAUAUUCAACCUCAUCUCAAAGAUGAUGUCCGAGCGAGGGUUUGCCAGAACGGCAGAACAGUGUCAUACCAGGAUCAAACGCUUGAAAAUGAGCUUUCGACAAUGCCAUGAAAGCAAUAUAAAAGGAACAGUGCGACCUGAAUGGAAGUUCUACAAUCUGCUAGAGAAAAUUCUCUGCAGGAAAGACUCCUUCGCAAACCAAGAAGUCAGUAUCAAUGCUAAUGAGGGCACAAUUGCAGAUGAGUCCACAGGACAGCAGGAAGAACAGGGCACUACUGACCGGGAGUUUCUUGGUCAUGCCGGACAGGAGGAUACUAGGAAUGUUCCAUGGACAGACCUAGAGACUCAAACCUUGAUCAGUGUCUGGGGAGAGGAUAGAACCCAGCGAGAACUGAGAGGAGUCCACCAAGACGGACACAUCUUCGACAUGAUCUCUAAAAAGAUGGGCGCUCAAGGUUACAUCCGAACGGAGGAACAGUGUCAGACUAGAAUGAAGAGACUGAAGCAGUGUUUCAAACAGUGUUAUGAGAAUAACCCCAUGGAGGGCAAAGAGCAAGUUGAGUUUAAAUUCUAUAAACAGAUGGAGAAAAUUAUGGGUAAUAAGGAGUCCAGUCACAUCCUUUUGACAGAGGUCAAAGAUGACGAGUCGGACAGUGAAUACCAGGUGUACACAUACCAGGAUAUAGAAACAGCAGUGAACUGCACGGAUGACAGGAAGAAGGUGGCCUGGUCGGAUGCAGAGACGUUGAUUCUCCUGCAGUUAUGGGGUGAUGAGCAGGUCCAGCAGAACCUGCAGCGCUGCCCUCACAAUGGCCACAUCUAUUCUGAGAUCUCAGCGAAGCUGAACGGCCACGGCUACCCACGCUCUGCUGAGCAGUGCCAAACGAGAAUCAAACGGCUGAAGAUCAGUUACCGGCAGUGCAGAGAACACAUUGGUUCACCUGAAGCUGAACAUAUAGAAUUCAAAUUCUACGAUCUGAUGGAAAACAUUUUUCGAAAGAAUUCUUCUCUCAAAGCAUCCGGGGUGCCAGAUAAUGAAUCCAUCAUCCCCACCAAAUCAGUAUCUCAGGAGGCCUGCAGCAGUGUGGAGCAGAUAUCAUCAGGCUUCUGGAUAGAUGCAGAAACUGAAGCUCUCAUAGAAGUGUGGGCAGAAGAUGAGGUGCAGAAUGCCCUGAGAGGCUCCGUCCAUAACAGCCACGUGUUUGCUGAUAUAGCAGAAAAACUCAACAGUCAGGGAUUCCUCAAAACACCAGAGCAAUGCAGACUGAAGAUCAAGAACAUGAGGAAGCAUUUCCAACAGUGUUAUGAAAAGAAAAAAUGUGGCAUAAAGGAAGUAGGUUUUAAGUUCUAUGAUAAACUGGAGCAGGUGUAUGGGGAUGAGGACUUUUCCACAGAUGAACAAGAUGAUCAGGAUGCAGAUUCCCUGUGGGCAGGAGUGGUUGCAGUGACUGAAUCAGGCAGGAAGAUGCCCUGGUCAGACCAGGAGACUCAAGCUCUGCUGGAGAUCUGGGGUGAGGGUCGUGUGCAACACAGCCUCAAGAGCUGCCUGAAAAACAGGCACAUCUACAGAUAUAUUUCAAAGAAAAUGGCAGCACUGGGUUUCAACAGAACGGGCGAACAGUGCCACUCACGGAUGAAAAGACUCAAAGCCCAGUUUUACUAUGAAAACAAAGAAGAUUGUAAAUUCUACGAUCGAAUGGAAAAGAUUCUUUUAAAAGAAAGCACUGCCAAAACAUCUGAUGUGCAGGACAUCAGCGAGCUGGAAUCCAUAACUGAUUCUGAUUCAGAAUCGGCAGCUCUCUCCAAACCCCCCACUGGGGAGGGGCCGAAGCUGACAUGGGGUGACGUUGAGACGCGAGCUCUCAUAUCCAUCUGGGGGAGUGAUAAGAUCCAGGAGAAGCUAAAAGUCAGUGUCAUACGCAGACCUAUUUUUGAGCGGAUCGCUCAGGCCAUGGCUGAGAAGGGCUUCAGAAGGACCGCAGAACAGUGUCGGACCAGGAUCAAGAGACUGAAGGCCAGCUACCGCCAGUGUCUGGACAGUUACAAAAAUAAUGGGGAGACGGUGGAGUGGAAGUUCUUCAACCAGAUAAAGAAAAUAUUCAAAAAGUAUCCAUAUUUAGAUGAGGCCGAAACCACCGUGACUCAAAAGCCAAAGAUAGUUGGGAGGGAAACCGCCAGCACGUCUGCAAAUCCACAAAGCUCAGUCUAACUCCAACACAGAAUCUUUUGUGGAGUGGGAAUGAGACCAACUUUCUCUUGGAUAUCUGUCCUGAGUACAAACAGGACCUGGCAUUGAGGUAUUUUCUGUCAUGUGGCCUGUGGAUGAUGGAGUAAGGACACACACAACCCUCUGAUCAGCUGAAGGCAAUGCAAGAACCAAGCAAUUGAUCUUCGCUAAAAAAUCCAACACUUCCACCAACUAUUGAGCAGAAACACUGGAAAUAUAGAAUCUUUUUGAGGCACAUGAUUUCUGUACAUCUGAAAGACAUAGCAGUGCUGUUGUUUUGUGGCCUCAAUUGAUCAUACAUUUUCACAGGGUAGAACUGAGCAGUGUAAUAUUUACAUAGGAUGGUGUGAUGUGGAAUAGUCCUUUCUUCAGAGGCCAGUUAGUGCCUUUUCUUUUGUAUUUUUGUAACUACAGUUUUUUCUUUACCAUCUAUUAUGGAAUACGACAUGUGGCUAAAAAUAAUUUUCUAAUGGCGUGGACUUAAAAAUAAGUAACAGCAAUGAUAAGAACAGGUCAUAUAAUUUAACCUUGGUUUGAUUUUGUUGCACAUUGUUUUCAUUAUGAAAGGAAAAACCCUUGUCUUUUUUUUAAAUACACUGAAAUAUUUUAUAACAAUGGGAUGGAAUGGGUGAAUCUAGCUAAUCUUAUCUUCCAGGUGAAAACUAAUUUCCCCUGGAGUCCUCUCCAAACAACUUCCACAACUGGAUUACUAUUGUAUAUUUGUAUUGUAAUGAGAAGCAAUUUUGAGAGGAAACAUCAUCACCUAGAAAUGAAUACAACACUGAUAACAUUUCCUUGUUUAACAAAUGCAUUAGCAGUUAGUGUAUAUUUAAUAUGCUAGAUUUAGCAACAAAAUAUUUACAUUUUACAAAAGUAGGUUAACAGUACACAGGAUGCCAGAUCCCACUAGCAAAAAGAGCACAAUUUGUAUUAUCUAAAUGUUGAAUUGUAAAGUAUGGUUUAAGCUCACUUUCUGUCCGUUUUCUCAGUGUAUAAAAAUACCUUGCAUUGCUCAGUUAUGGCAGAAUAGUAGAUGAUACAUUGGUUAACACUCCUUCAGAAAACUGUGGCUUAAAACAAGUUGUUUAUAGCAAUUGGCCACCUUUGUUUAAGAGAUAAGAUAACCAGGACUGAAAUGGAUCCAACACAUUUCUUAAUUCUCUGGAUGGCCAAUUUUGUAUCUUCCUUCAAAACUGUGAGAAACAACAACAAAACACGGUACAACCUUUUAAUUCUUCUGUACAAGAUACAUGUUGUUUUGAGUAAUUUAAAUCCCAUAUUGCUUUCAGCCAUUUUACUGUGCAAUAAACAAUUAUUUAUUUGUA